GCCGCGCUCGGCUCGCUCGUGGCUCCGAGUGGCGCAAACGAGGGCCUCCUGCGCUGGCCGGAGUCAUGCGGAGCGUCCCGCUGCGUCCGGUGCUGGCCUGCUGCGUGCUGCUGCUGCCGCCGUUGUGCGCUGUCCUCGCCGGCGGCUCCGAAAGAGCGUCGGAGUGCGGCGUGCGGCCCAUGCGGCCCCUGGGUCGCAUUGUGGGUGGCCGUGUCUCCAAACCAGGCGACUACCCGUGGCAGGUGGGCAUCAAGUACCGCAGCGGUUUCCGCACCAUCCACCUCUGCGGAGGGGCACUCGUCGCCGACAGAUGGGUGCUCACGGCGGCGCACUGCUUCCAACACCGAAGAAACAUAUCGAGGUACAUAUUCCGCCUUGGAGACUACAACAAGAGUGUCAUGGAGCCAGGUGAGAUUCACUCCAAAGGUGACAUGAUGAUCACGCACAACAAGUUUGACAUCCAGACAUUCCGAAAUGACAUCGCCUUGGUGCGGUUGGCGGAGCCCGUGGACCUGGAAGGGAGUAACGCCAACCUUCAGACUGUCUGCCUUCCCGACGAGAGCAUGGACUUUUCCAAGGCUCGCUGCAUGGCCACGGGCUGGGGAGAGACGCAGUUCAAGGGCCGCCACUCGGACGUGCUGAUGGAAGUGAUGCUGCCCGUGUGGCCGCACGACAAGUGCGCGCGAGCCUAUAAGAAUUACAAUAAAAUCACCACGUCCAUGUUCUGUGCCGGGUACGUCGAGGGAAAGAAGUCAUCCUGCAGCGGUGACUCUGGCGGGCCGCUGCAGUGCACGUUCGACGAGCGCACGUGGUUCCUGGCUGGCGUGGUGUCCCACUCGGUGUACUGCGCGCUCCCCAACAUGCCCACAGUGUUCACUAAAGUGGCGCCUUUCUUGGACUUUAUCCAGCACCAGAUGGGCCAGCACUCAACCUGAUUAAAGAAACUGGAAAAAGACA